AGUUCAGACUCACCAGAACCCAGCUGUGUGUCCAUGAAGAGUGAUGGGUCUAUGGAUAAAUGUAUUAAUUUUAAAGAUUUCCACAGUGUCCUACAGGAGGGAGAGGAAACGAAGAAACGAAGGAUGAGGAAACAAAAGGAGUGUAAAAUAAGCCAAGUCCAGCAGAAGAGUUCAGACUCACCAGAACCCAGCUGUGUGUCCAUGACUAUGGGUGAGCACGGGGAGAGCGGCAUAAAUAGAGACACACCGCAAAUAGGAGAGAGAGAGCCUGGGCACGACAGACCUGAGCAAGAAGCAAGGAGUUUUUAUUACAAAUGAUGAGAGUUUAUUUUUGUGAAGCGGUGUGUAAUUGUUGAUUAACUUUGUGCAUAACGCAAAGACUGGGAGACUGUAAUUGGUGCUGCAGAGAGAGAGAAAAUAAACCCUGACCUGAACCAGGAAAACUGCUUCUCGCGUCCUCUUUACACUGGUGCCGAAACCCGGGAACUGAAGUUUUGGGUCGAAGAUGGAUGGAGGUCGUCCCGUAGAGUCCUCCCAGUUGGCGGAGAUCCUCCAAGCCCUCGCCAGCCUACAUCGGAACCACCAACAAACGCUGCUUGAGCUCCGGCAAGAUCAAGACCGCCGGUUUGUCGAGCUCAUGCAUGCUCAAGCCGAGGACCGGCAGGCGAUCCAGAGCCUCCUCAGCCAGGGGGCAUCCUCAGCCGCGACCCCGGACACACCCACACCGUUACCCCCGCCAGCAUUACAGAAAAUGGGGGCGGCGGACGACCCCGAGGCUUUCCUGGAUCUGUUUGAGCGGACCGCCGAGAUCUGGGGCUGGCCGCUUGGUCAAUGGGUAGCCCGACUGAUCCCACUACUCUCCGGGGAAGCCCAGCUCACGGCUCAACAACUGCCAGCGUCGAGCCUCCUGGCCUACGGAGAUCUAAAAAAAGCCAUCUUGCAACGGGUUGGUCGCACUCUGGAGGAAAGUCGUCAACUCUUCCGGAGCUUGAAGUUGGAAAGCUCUGACCGCCCGUUUGCCUUUGCCCAGCGGCUCCGUGACGCCUGCCGAAGAUGGCUGUUAGCGGGGGAUCGCGACGUCCAGGGAAUUAUCGACCAGGUGGUACUGGAACAGUUCACAGUUCGACUGCCAAAAGGAACAGCGGAGUGGGUCCAGUGCCACCGCCCGGCGUCAUUGGAGGAAGCUAUCCGACUUGCGGAGGACCACAUGGCGGCGAUCCCGAGGACAGAAGAUCCCUCCUACCUUCUCUCUCCUCCCUCUGUCUCUUCCCCCUCCCCUCUCUCUCUCUCGUCUGCUCUCUCUCCAGGUCCCGUUCCUGCCCCACGCAGACGAGGAGGAACCCAGACCCUGAGACCAGUUCCCCGGGUGUGGGAGGCGACACCUUCCCCUACUCCAGUGCCCCACCGCUCUCCCCCUCAGGGGGGGGCGCCCGCCGACGCAAGUGCGGGCGUGGCGCCUGGGCCGGCCUGCUGGAGGUGCGGAGACCCGAGCCACUUCCGAGAUCAGUGCCCUCUGAUGGAGCUGGGGACGGUGGUGCGGGUCUCUGACCUCCCACAGGCUGUCCCCGACCGGGCCGGAGCGUACCGGAUACCGGUAAGUGUCAAGGGGGGUACUCACCAAGCGUUGGUGGAUACCGGGUGUAACCAAACCACUAUCCACCAACGCCUGGUUCAACCCGAGGCAUUGGUCACAUCCAAAACGGUGAAGGUGAAGUGUGUACACGGGGAUAUUCACAAGUAUCCAGUGGUGACCCUGACAAUUAAAUUUCGGGGGAAAAAGCAUAGAGUGGAGGCUGCGGUUAGUUCCCGCCUCACCCAUCCGCUGAUUUUGGGGACUGAUUGGCCUGAUUUUAAAACUUUAUUAAAGGGAAUUUGUGCGGAUGGGUCCUGUGUGAGAAUAGGGAGAUGUGUGAUGUGCGAUGCUCUGGCAGGGGAGGCGGAGCCGGGGCCGUCCUCGACAGCUCCGCGUCAUGAUGACGAGAGAGGGGGAGAGGCCGCGGCCCCUCCCCUUCUCAGGGAAUUCCCUGAGGGGGAUUUCCCUUUGGAGCAGUCGUGAGACGAAACCCUCAAACACGCCUUUGACCAAGUGAGAGUUAUCAAUGGUCAACGACUCCAGCCUGACAUCGCACUUUCAUAUCCCUAUUUUGCAAUUAUAAAUGAGCGGUUGUAUCGAGUGACACAGGAUACUCGAACCAAAGAGGAUACAACCCAACUUUUGAUUCCAAGGAGCCGUCGGGAAAUGGUAUUCCAGACGGCUCAUUAUAAUCCUAUGGCAGGUCACCUAGGAGAAAGGAAAACACUGAACCGUCUAAUAGCCCGUUUCUAUUGGCCGGGCAUUGGCGGCGAUGUCCGCAGGUGGUGUGCGGCAUGCCGCGAAUGCCAGCUGGUUAACCCACCGGCCACCCCAAAAGCGCCAUUGCGCCCUCUCCCUUUGAUCGAGGUCCCCUUUGAGAGAAUUGGAAUGGACCUCGUCGGGCCAUUAGAACGGUCAGCACGCGGACAUCGCUUUGUAUUGGUCCUAGUGGACUAUGCAACGCGAUAUCCGGAAGCAGUGCCUCUUCGCAACAUCUCAGCACGCAGUGUUGCAGAGGCACUCUUCAAAAUAAUCUCCCGGGUGGGGAUUCCGAAAGAAAUCCUCCCCGAUCAAGGCACAACGUUUAUGUCACGGACACUAUGCGAACUGUACGAGUUAUUAAAUAUUAAAUCGAUUCGCACCAGUGUAUACCAUCCUCAAACGGAUGGCCUGGUGGAACGAUUUAAUAAAACCCUCAAAAACAUGAUUCGUAAGUUCGUGCACGACGAUGCUAGAAAUUGGGAUAAAUGGCUCGACCCCCUGUUAUUUGCAGUACGAGAGGUCCCGCAAGCCUCCACUGGCUUCUCCCCAUUCGAGCUACUGUAUGGGCGACGCCUACGCGGCGUGCUUGAUGUAUUGCGAGAAGCCUGGGAGGAAGGACCUUCGAACAGUAAAAAUGAAAUUCAGUAUGUUCUUGAUCUUAGAGCAAAACUCCACACCUUGGGGCAAUUAACACAGGAGAAUUUGCUCCAAGCUCAAGAACGACAGCGCCGACUGUAUGACAGGGGAACUCAGCUAAGGGAAUUUGCACCGGGAGAUAAAGUGCUUGUAUUGCUUCCCACAUCGAGCUCUAAAUUACUCGCCAAGUGGCAAGGACCCUUUGAGGUCACACGACGAGUGGGAGAUCUCGAUUAUGAGGUUAAACGAUCCGAUAGAGGGGACGCACGUCAAAUAUACCACCUCAAUCUCCUAAAAUUGUGGAGAGAGGCGGUCCCCGUGACGUUGGCUACGGUGGUUCCCGAGAAGGCAGAGCUCGGACCGGAGGUGAGCUCAAAACAUAAACAGUUCACCCCGGUCACUUGCGGAGACCACCUCUCACCGAGCCAACUCGCGGAGGUUGCCAGGUUGCAACAGGAGUUUGCAGAUGUGUUUUCCCCUCUACCGGGACGUACAAACCUCAUCCAUCACCACAUCGAGACCGAGCCAGGGGUGGUGGUACGUAGCCGCCCCUAUCGACUACCCGAACACAAAAAGAAAAUUGUUCGGGAGGAAUUGGAUGCGAUGCUUGAUAUGGGGGUAACAGAAGAAUCCCACAGUGAUUGGUCCAGCCCAGUUGUUCUAGUGCCUAAGAGCGACGGGUCUGUGUGAUUCUGUGUGGAUUAUAGAAAAGUCAACGCGGUGUCUAAAUUUGAUGCAUAUCCAAUGCCUCGCGUUGAUGAGUUGCUCGAUCGGUUGGGCACUGCUCGUUUUUAUUCGACAUUGGAUUUGACGAAGGGUUAUUGGCAGAUCCCCUUGACACCAAUUUCCCGUGAGAAAACUGCCUUCUCCACACCGUUUGGAUUACACCAAUUUGUGACACUUCCGUUCGGUUUGUUUGGGGCCCCGGCUACGUUUCAGCGUCUCAUGGACCGAAUCCUCAGGCCGCACUCAGCUUACGCCGCUGCCUAUUUAGAUGACAUCAUCAUUUAUAGCAAUGAUUGGCAGCGGCAUAUGCAACACCUGAGGGCGGUUCUGAGAUCGCUGCGCCGAGCGGGGCUCACAGCGAACCCGAAGCAGUGUGCGAUUGGGCGGGUGGAGGUACGGUAUCUGGGGUUCCACUUGGGCCAUGGGCAGGUGCGGCCCCAAAUUGACAAGACAGCGGCGAUUGCGACCUGCCCGAGACCCAAGACCAAAAAGGGGGUGAGGCAGUUCCUGGGGCUGGCCGGCUACUAUAGGAGGUUUGUGCCUAACUAUUCGGAUGUCACCAGCCCGCUGACUGAUCUCACUAAAAAGGGAGCUCCAGACCCGGUCCAGUGGACGGAGCAGUGUCAACAGGCGUUCACGCAAGUUAAAGCCGCACUUUGCGGGGGGCCGCUGUUACAUUCACCUGACUUCUCUCUCCCUUUUGUUUUACAGACAGAUGCUUCAGACAGGGGGCUGGGGGCCGUGCUCUCGCAGGUGGUGGGGGGGGAGGAGCGCCCGGUGCUGUACAUUAGCCGUAAGCUCUCGUUAAGGGAAACUAAGUACAGCACCGUGGAGAAGGAGUGUCUCGCCAUCAAGUGGGCGGUCCUCACUCUCCGAUACUACCUGUUGGGGCGGGCCUUCACCCUCUGCUCGGAUCACGCCCCACUCCAGUGGCUCCACCGCAUGAAAGAUACUAACGCCCGAAUCACCCGUUGGUAUCUGGCUCUUCAGCCGUUUAAGUUCAAGGUGGUCCACAGACCAGGGGCGCAGAUGGCUGUCGCCGACUUCCUUUCCAGGAAUGGGGGGGGAGUGGUAGGCAGGCCGGAUGUCGCCCCGGCCUGAGUCGGGCGGUGGGGAUAUGUGGCAGCGGGGGCGUGGUCAAGCAUCUCUCCGGAGAGAGAAAAAGCGGUAAGGGCGCUUACACCUGAGCUAAAUUAUGUAUAACACCUG